GGAAAAAAGUAACGGCAGCUCACGCUUGUCUCCAACGUACACGAGCAGCGCGAUGGAUGAUGCUGGAAGUUGGAGCAAAGCGGAAAAUGGCUUUAACAGGAUAGAGAAACCGUACAGAUAGGCGGGAAAGAAGAAAGCCAAGUAAUAUAUAUUCCCCUUUAUUAGCUGGGAACACGGUGGAAGAGGACGUGGAUAUCCUGUUUUCCAGUUUACCUCAGCCAUGGCUCUGGUAACCCUGCAGCGCUCCUCUCCGCCCAGCGCCGCGUCCUCCUCGGCCAGCGCGGAGGAGGACUUGUCAAGUGAUGACUACCAAUGUAACAGUCUCAGAGAAAGUUUUGUAAUGGUGAAAGGGGCAGCACUCCUUAUACAGCCGGGUAGCAGUGACCAGGAGCCCAAAACACCGACCCAGCAUAAUGCAGGUGAUCUACCUCAGCACCUGCAAGUGAUGAUAAACACCCUACGCUCUGAGGAUAAAGUUAGACUAGCUGUGCAAUUGGAGAAUGGUUGCUCAGACCAUCCUCGCUAUAUGGUAUUUGUUUAUACAAGUGGCAACCAGGACACAGAGGAGAAUUUAGUGCUUGGUAUGGACUUCACGAAUGACAACAGUAAAAGUUGCUCCAUUGGGCUUGUUCUGCCAUUGUGGAGCGACACAAGGAUCAGCCUUGAUGGAGAUGGUGGUUUCAGUAUCAGCACAGCUGGAAGGUGUCACGUCUUCAAGCCUGUGUCCAUGCAGGCAAUGUGGUCUGCGUUACAGGUGUUGCACAAAGCAUGUGAAGUGUCUCGGAGGUGUAACUACUCCCCCGGGGGCAUGGCCUUCACCUGGAUGGGCUUUUAUGAACUCUCCUCGGAACAAAGCUGCAUCGAUGAGUGGAAUGCUGCGUCUGAUCUGGAGAAUACAAGCUCUGACUCCCCCACUGUGUUCUCUGAUCAGCCAACUGAGAGAGAAAGAACAGAAUGCUUAAUCAGAACCAAACUUCGGAACAUAAUGAUGCUCCAGGACCUGGAAAAUAUCACAUCUAAGGAGAUCAGAAACGAACUGGAGCAGCAGACAAGUUGGAAUCUGCAAGAGUAUAAGAAGUUCAUUGACAACGAAAUGCUGCUCAUGCUGGGCCAGAUGGACAAGGCCACACUGAUUUUUGACCAUCUUUACCUGGGCUCAGAGUGGAAUGCUUCCAACCUUGAGGAGCUCAGGGAGUGCAGGAUUGGCUACAUCCUUAAUGUCACUCGGGAGACUGACAACUUUUUCCCUGAAACAUUUUGUUAUCACAAUAUCUACAUCCAUGAUGAUGAGGCAGCAGAUCUGUUGGCCUACUGGAACGAAACAUACAAUUUCAUAGUGAGAGCAAAAAAAAACAACUCGAAAUGUCUAGUGCACUGUAAGAUGGGAGUAAGUCAUUCUGCUGCCACAGUUAUUGCCUAUGCUAUGAAAGAGUAUGGCUGGUCACUGGAGAGAGCAUUUCAUUUUGUCAAACAGAGGAGAAGUAUAGCACAACCCAGCGCAACAUUCAUGAGACAGCUGGCUGAGUAUGAAGGUAUCUUAGGUGCAAGCAGACAGCGUCACAGUGCUGACGAUUCGCUGGAGGGCCUCCAGGCAGCCGGUGGUUCCUUGAUGGUCCCCGAGCAGGAGUUUUGCAUGUGGGGCUGCAGAGAUGCCGGUGCCUCUCCCUCCUGCGGAGAUGAUUCCACAGACCAUGUCAACUACAACUACUACUUCAGACGGCUGUCAGACACAGCUCUGGACAGCGAACCUUCCACACCAGUGCGUGGUCCACCACUGCUGGGCAUGGAGAGAGUCCUCAUCGAGAUAGAGGACGUUGAGCGGGAUGCCCUGCUGGACGAUGACGGCAUCCCUAUGGCCCACCUUGCCCUGCCCAGCGAGGGCACGGCAGCACAAACCUGCAGCCGACUGGAGCCUUUGGAGGACAUGCGUCUGCGGUUGGAGUUCAGCACAGUGGAGGAGGAAGACGAGGAGGAGGCACAGAAGGAGGAGGCGGAGAUGGCGGCUCUGGCAAGGGGAGAGGAGGUGACCCCCAGUGGGAGAGAGGCUGCGAGCUUGGCCAAUCCGAACAGCUUCAACAAUGAGAAUGCCAACAAUAGCAACCGCCUGGCUGGCAAACGCAGCUGCCCUUCCGGCUUUGACGACAGUGCUAGCAGCGGAAACCCGCACAAAGUGAAGCCCUCUUAUCAGUUGUGCCGAGAUUGUCUACGUCUCCCAGGCGGGCGCCGCAGCGAGCGUCGCACCAAUCGUCUUAAUCUACUGCGUCACGCUGGCCUGUCCAGCAUCUCCAUCAGGAACCCUGGAGGCGGACACCUCGGCUGCAUGCCCAUUCGCUGCCAGCUGCCCUCUCCUGCCUCUAGGCACCAGCUGUGUAGCCCUUGCUGCAAAAGCCCCAUUCCUGCUGUGCUGGCCACAAGCACGGACACAUACCGCCAGCGAUCGGCCACCUCCCCUAUGAGCUGUGAAAUGCUUCCCUGUGACCGUCAGUGUCCUUUGGGCCCUCAGGAGACGGAUGAACUCCAAGAGAUGGAAGAAGCAGCCUUUGCCGAUCCUGCCACAGAGCAGCUUACACUAGUGGACCUAAACCUGCAGAGUAAGAGGCCCACUGCAGAGCUUCACCAGGAGGCCCACCUACAAAAAGAAGCAAAGCCUGGACGCCAAAAACAAGAACAGCAGGAACUCAUGGACUUGGGUAUGGAUGAUGUCGCAACAGAGGACAUGGAGGUGGACUUGGGUGCAGUCCCAGGUACGAUGUCCUCUUCACUUCCGAACAAUCCCAGCGACCACCUCGCUUCCGUCUCCUCCUUGCAGCACUGGGCCAUGACACGCAGCUCAAGCAGUGACAGUGUGCAGCUAGUGCAGCUGGGCUUGGUCCACCAGAGGGCACAGGAGAUCGAAACACGCAUGCGAAUGGCUGGACUGACCACAUCUUCCAGGCUCCAGCGCUCUAACUCACUCGCUAAACUCGGGGGGCUGACCGUUUCCAAACACGACCUGUUGUUUUCCUCACAAACAGAGCCUGUGAUUAGUAAAACAUCUCCCAGCUCCCCUACAUAUGCUUUAACUGUGCCAUUGCUGCACACAUUCCCAGGAUAGCUUUGGGUCAAGUCCUCCUAAUAGCCAUUUCCUUUCCAGACAGAUCUUGCAUACUGCUUUUCUCAUCCCUGUCCGUGCUACAACUGUGGCCAUGCUUAGACAGCUGCUUUAAAGCUCUAAACACAGUUGUUUUUCAUAGCCAUAGCCAUGACUAGAUUGUUGUGCUCAGGCAAAUCAGUGUUAAACAAGCUUAGAUACAGCAUAUAAGUUUCCCAUAAUGUGUAUUAGAUGUGGGGCGAAAAAAAAUGCUCUCUGUCUUAAUGUAGCAUUUGUGACUUAAUGACUAUGAGCAUAAACAGGCAUGCUAUAGCUUCAAGUAAAUAUUCGACCUGCGCCGUCAGUGACUGCUGUUCUCUUUCUGUACCAAUAGUCCAAUUUCCACCUGUUAAGACUAUUUAAUGUGAUUUUAACACAUACCAGAUAUGGAUAGUGUACACAGCGUCUUUUCUAAUUUUAACAAACAAUUUUCUCUAUUUUUUACAUAUUUUUAUUAUUGCUUUCAUCUUAGAAAGCAUAAAAGGAAUAUGUCAGUUGUCUAAUAAUGAUAUGCUAAUAAUGAUAACCUGGUACUUUACAAAUGACCACUGGCCUAAGCUAAAGUAGAAAAGAGUCCAGGGAAUGAACACGGUAAGGUAAAAAAUGACAAAUUUCAAGUUUUUGUCCAGCAGAAUUCAGUAUGAUAAAAAUCAGUCCACUCCAUGCCUUCCCUACUUGUUUUGUUUAUUGUGAAAUAUAGCCUUAAAUAGACAGCACUAAUUAAAAGAUAAUGGAUUACCUCCAAAAUUUUUAUUAGUGUUUGGGCACAAACUACAAUUGACCCCCUUUCAAAAAGGUUGCUUAUUCUGUGAAUUUACAUUUGUAAUCACUUUUAUAUUGUAUAUUGCAGUGCCUGAUGAUGUUUGGAAGGGUCUACAUGAGUCAUAAAGUUUGCUACUUCACAAUAUUAGGCUGCAGACUGAGCGAGACAAGAGAAAGGACAGUCACUUAAUCCUUUUAAGUAUCGAAAUGAAAUAAUAUUAAAUAAUAUAAAUAUUUUCCACAAUUAACAAAUCUUAUUUAAAAACUACAACCUAUUCCCGGAAUCAAUUCCUGAGAAAAAUAGAUAGUAAAUAUGGUCUCUUCUGGAAGUUUUGAAACAGUAAGUUUGUUUAUGUUGUACACAAGUCAAUAUAAUUUGGGUUUGAUGUCAAGCAAUGAAUAGACAAAAACAAUAAAUCAGAAUCUUUUCAAAUCAACUUAGACUAUUGCCCUGUUAGUCAUACACCCAUUUUUAGAUGAGUAAAUGAAUAUAGUUAAUAGUUAUAUAAAUAACAGUUAUUAUUUAUUUGCAUAUCGCUUGCUGCCAAUAACUGCCUUGAGCCAGCAUCUUCAGCUUUAAGAUACAUAGUAUUUUUAUGAUAAUGACAAAAGGAAUUUUCACAAAGAACACAUCGUAAGAGCUGUGAUAACAUUGUGAAUAACAGCAAACUCAAACUGUGUUGUGUGACAUAACGAAGCUGGAGGUAAGGCAAGAAACUAUUUUUUAGCUUGGAAAAUUGUGCUGCCACGCUAAGGGCAGAAAACCUCUGAGGAGCCUAAACUAUUUAGUGUACCUAAUUUAAUUAUAAUCUUAAAUUAACGCAUUUCUCAAUACAAGGAUAUUCAACAAUGACCUGCCUGUUUAAUGUACGGUUUUUAAUUCAAUAAGAGGGGUUCUAUAGUUUUAUUUUAUUUAUUAUGUCCAAUUGAAGGCUUGCCUAUCUUCUUCAUGUGUGAAACCCAGGGCUCAAACCUACAAACCUACUGUCCCAGUACUUUCAGAGAAAACUAUCCCCCAUUAUGUCAUUUUAACCUAAGCUGUUUAUUAAGCAGAAGUUAACUCGUGAUGUUAAAAUACUUGCAACAAACUUGUGAACCUCAAUCAUUCAGUCAUCAUAGGAUCAAUAUUUUGUUUAUAACCUAAAAUAUAAGAUAAUAAAUUGUAAACAGUUUAUUUAUAGUCUAGUAUAAAUAAGGGCAUAUAGCCUGUAUAAUGCUGGCCACACUAAGCUUAAACCUGUGGUACUUAACUGUCAUUGGGCUCCUGUUCAGUGAUGUAUCCAGCAGAGCACUUAGUUUUCCGGUGCCCUGUGAAGAUAUAAACAUAUCAUCUACUGCUGUAAAGAUGUUAUUUUAUGAAUUAUUCAUUAAUUUAUCUUUGUUUUUUCUGUUUGGCAAGUAUUUUUGUAAGAUGCCAGUUAUGCAAAGAGGUCUGCGCAAUAAGUGCAAGCUAUAACAAACCAGAAUUUGAAGCAUGUUUUAAUUUGUGCUGUGAUCAGCAGUUAACUUUGAGAUUACUAAAAAGUGAAAAAGGAGAGUUAUUUUGAAAGACUACAUCAUCUAGAGAGGACAAAUUGCAACAUUCAUAUUCAGGCACGUAUUCAAAAACUGUGACAAUGUUUAUUUAUUUAUUAUUUUAUGUGUAUUUUUGUAUUGUGUUAUGAAAUUAAAUGUUGGCAGUACCAUAUUAUGCCAGUACCAGUACUAUCAAGAUGUUACAUUAUAACUGUUUACAUAAACUUACAAAUGGAGAAGCAGAAAUCGAUGCAGAAAUCUGUAUCUAAGAAGAAAUCCAAUUAUAUCUAAUUAAAGUAACAUUUAGUUUCAGUUCAAGUUUCACUUUAAUUACUAGCUAAAACUCUGUUGUGGCACUUUAUUAAGUGAUACUAGUAAUACUAAUAUCAACUGAUAAUAUCACAUAACAUCCCAUUUGCUUGUGCAGAUAGUAUGGUAGAGAAACACUGUGAAAAGGAAAUUUGAUCCAGCCCUGCAUCAAGUUUAGGGUGCGUCCCAAUUGCGUACUAAUCACUAAUAUUAAUUAGAUAUUGUUUCUAAAGUAUGUAGUAGAGAUUAAAGUGUAGAAGUUGACAAUACUCAGAGAAGUUGAUAAAUACUCAGAACCAGUGGGUUUAAAGGUAUUAAGGUGUAGUACACGAAUGGGACACAGCCAAGUGGCACAUUCACAUUGUGCCAUGUUAUUUUACGGGGUAAUAAAAGUGUUAAAUGGGAACCUUAAGUCAAAUACUUUAAUGGCUAAGUUUACAUGUUUAAACCAUAGAAAUAAAUAAUGCCCUCUAUAAUGUUUAAAACAAAUUAAUUUGCCUUGUAGUCAUACAUUUGUAUACAUGUUUGCUUUUUAUACAUAGUCCCCAUUUCAGGGCACCAUAAUGUUUGGGACAUAGCAGUUUAUGAUGCACCUUUAUUUAUGUUUAUACUUAGUGUUCCAAAAUGUGUUGCAUACUUUGUUGCCUACAGGUCUUGUGGUGCUCUAUAGAAGCCAUCUUAAGUUUGUGAUUGUUUUAGAUGAUAUUUGAUUUUUCCCUUAUGUAAUUCAACAUAUGAAAUUUAGAAUAUGAAAUGAAUGUGACUGAAAUGACCAGUCAGGAGAAAUUCUAAUCAGAAAAAUUAGUUAACCAGUACCUGAGGCAGCCAUACAGGCUCAGGCAAUAACACUCCCACCACCAUGUUUGACAGUUGAAGUUUUAUGCUUUGCAUCUUGGGUCAGUUUACUCGGUUGUUGCUGUUGCUUUGUUAAGUUUGAAUUGGUCCCAUUUGUCCAUAAGACUUUUUCAGUCUAUUUUUAAUCAAACUAUAACCUUGCUGUCAUAUUAUUGUGGUCAACUAGUGGUUUGCAUUGUAGCCUCUUCAUCAUUAAGUAUUGUGAUGAGUCAGACAGGAUGAUAGGAACAUUUAUGAGUUAUAGUGAGAAUUAUCAGCUGUGGAGGUCUUCCUUGGCCUACCGGUUAGUCACUUUAUGGUUAAGAAUCUCACUAGUUUUUAUACCUAUACUAAUAAGACAAACAUAACUCAGUAUUCACAGAAAACCCUUGUGAAGCCCUAUUUCCUAAACAUUAUAGUGCCUUAAAAUGGGGGGACUGUGUUUAUGCUUCUUCAUAUAUUCUCCAAGUGCCUUACCCAACUCCAUUUUUAAAAUCAGUUUCUCCAGGCAGUUUUCCGUUUUGUACUUUUCUAUUUUCUAUUUUAAUAGUGUGCAGACCAAAGUAUUAAUUUAAGAUGCUUGUCCUGAGUCUUAGUUUGAAGAGAUAUAGCACUUCAUGACAAUGGAAAAAAGUGAAAAUGAAAAACUGUAAAUUCUUUGUCCCCAAACAAAAGUUCUAGGUAAAAUGAUUUAAAGUAUGAAAGACAUGACUCUCACUGAUACUCACUGAUAGUCACUUUCCUUUUUAUAUUUAAAUCAUUAUUUUUUGCACUGCACAUAGAUUAUAAUAGGUGAUGCGUCCUGCACUUUGUAAUAAUGUUCAUGUAAUUAUGAAAGUACUGUAAAUUAAAGUAAUAAAUUGUUUUUGUCUGUA